AGCAAGCAAGGCAGCAGGCAGCGCCAAGGCCGGCGGCCGCCCGAUCCCGAGGCAGCCCUUCCGGCGAGCCCAGGGCACGAGCCCCCCGGCCCAGCUGCAACACGGCGGCGGAUGGCAGCGCGCCCCAGGCGCAUCGCGUCACCCGCAUGGAUUACCUGGGCCGCAGCUUCGCUUUUCGCGACGUUUACUUGCGUCCUGGCCGAAGAAGAGUGCCUGAACUCUCGCAUCCUGUGCUACGACUGCAACUCGGAACAGGAGCCCCGCUGCCGAGACCCGUUCAACCACAGCGAGGAGAGCCUGCCCACGCUGAGGGAGUGCCAGGGAUGCUGCGUCAAGAUCGUCAAGAGGCACGGAAAGCAGGACCAGGAGGUGCGGCGGACGUGCACCGAGCGGCUGCAGAUCAACAUGUUUCUAGUGGACCACGUGUGCAUGUACGAAUCCGGCGGCGGCGGCCACAUGUGUUUCUGUGAGAGUGACGCCUGCAACUCGGCCCCCACGCCCACGAACAGCGCCGCAUCCUCACUCGUCCUGCUGCUGAUGCUGUUGCUGGCGGCCUUGCAGAGGCUGAUGACGUCUGCCGCACCGCCGCCCUUCGUCUCACCUUCCACGUCGACCGCGGAGGCCCGUGCGAGGCUGAGGACUUCCUAGGCCUCACUGUGUCGACUGGUCCUCGCUGCACGAGGUGAUAACCGGCCACAACCACCACCACCACCACCGCCGUACCAGCGCGGAGUCGAGUAUGAGAGAGAGAGUGAUAGUGACAGAGGUGGCUUGCACCGUCCACUAUUGUUGUAGACGCCUGGGACAGCCUCGCGCCAGUGUGUGCGCAUGCGCACACCUUUAGGCAUGCGCCGACUUGAGGGCUGGCACGGUGAAACUUCGGGCCCCGGUCUGCAGGUUCAGCGCGGCCUUGGUGUGUGCCACCUGAGCACCAGCCUGGCCACGUGGCUACGGCCACAUGCGCAGGCGUGGCGGCAGCAACUUCAAGCCGACUACGUCCAGUCAGAUACGCGUUCCGACAAGUACCAGAUGUCGUUCUAACUUAUCCAGUAUGAGGUGUUCUCGCCGAGAGCCUUGGAGCGGCGAGGUAGCUGAUCAAUCUCGGAGCGUUGUAAUCCUUCUUCUAUUCUUACUUUUCGCUCGGAAAUGUCUGAACCAGAUGAGAUUUGCUGUUUGACACUUUGCUACUUUGAAGAGCGUAACGGUGUUUCCCACAUCGAAGGCUCCUCGAGGCGGGCGCGCGAAAUUCUAAAAAAAAGAAAAAAUAGCUUCGUAUUCUUCGUCGUCGCGAACUACGGGGAAAUGAUUAGCGAUUUUUGGCACUGAAAGAAAAAAAAUAGAAAAAAUAAAACCCCGUGGUUUGUAUACGCCACGAGAAGCGAAUGCGUAGAGCAGUGUGACAAGUAUUUGCUAGCAUCUCCGCAGAAGCCUAAGAGAGAUGCCGCUGUCGUUCUCUCGGGCAUUACUUUGUGGGUUCACAAAAAGGAAAAAAAAAGCAAAAACAAAACAAAAAACAAAAUGGUGCUGCCAUGUUUAUGUGACACUUCCUUUCGCAGCAUGCCCGCUGAUGUGAUGCGAGGAAGUCUAAGCGUGAUACACCGUUACGCUCUUGUAUAUCUUUAUGUUUACUAGGGCUGCAACACAAGUGACUACUCUUGCGGAUGAUUUUCAAUUUUAUCGACUAUAAUAAGCGGAGAGCGAUUUAAAGCUUGUUUCUGAAUUGGUGUACGACCUAGGUCCACCGCUCCAUCCAGUAACGGAAUGAUUUCAGAGUUAUCCCCAAAUUUACGUUAUGUGUUAUGACAGUAUGGAUUCAUGAUUGACCUUGAUAAGUAGAAUUAGCUCCUUCUUUUUCUGUCACGUGAUCGCCGGAAGAGUGGCCGAUAUGUAUAUGUUGGCUGUAGGAUGCGAAUGGUAGUCGUUUUCUGGUUGGAACUCCGUUCGAUAAUGUACGAGAACGCAGACAAAAAGAAUGUUUCUUUGAAGUAGCUGGCUGCAUGGAAAAGGUACAUAGAUGUAUUAAUCGCGUACCAAUGGUUAAAAAAAGCACGUGAAGAUAAAGUUUAAAUACAGCAGUGAUAUAUUCACGCGCGCUAUAGUUAAUCGACAACGUUUUUUGUCUUGUACAGUGAUCCUAAACUUAUCUUUCGUGUUUGUGUUUACGAAUCUCCGGAAUAGCUGUUAAUUUAACAAGACCUAUUCUUAGAUCAAAAAGAAGGGGGAAAAAAAGAGAGUCAUAUUACAUUACGUCCCCUAAUUGCAAUCAUGACAGCGUGAAAAAUGAUUUUUUUCUUCUUUUAUAUAGAAAUGAGCUCGUGGCUACUGCUAAAACGAGCUGUACCACCUAGGCAAAUACGUUGCCAGCGCCGUUUGAACGCGUUCUCAAAUAUAGAGAUACCUUUUUGCUCUAAGCUUGGAAUAGAGAAAUGGACCGCUGUUCUCAAGACUCCUUGCUGGGCCAUGUUGUAUACCAUUUAACCGCGAUACUUUGCUCUAGUUCGGAAUUUCAACUAACUUGAAUAAUGUACUGUUAUAACCAAGAGGUUGUAUCUGGUUGUACCCGGAAGAGGGUGGGGGCCUCGUUGUACAUGUUAGCUCAGAUCGCGCGGCUUAUUCAUUCCAGGAAAUGCCACCAGGGUGCGCCAGAAAUGAAAUCUAUACUUCGGAUAGCGCCGUCAUAGAUGAAGUUACGACAGAUCCUGCAGGAUAAGCUAUUUAAACGCAGGCCAACUUACCGAUAAAACUAUACCGCUACCUCGCCCCGAUACUCAUGUGUGUUGUCCUCAUCUGGCCCCCGCCUUGCGCUGUACCACCGGCCGCGCCUCCAUCGAAAAAAAAAGGAAUUUACGCGAAGUGAGUCUGUUGUGCUGAUGUCCUCAUCAAAGAGUACGUCCAUAGUUACCCAGAAGCACCGGUUGAGUGGAUCGGCCACUUUCUUGUAGUCGUCAUCGUAAUUUGCCUCGUCGGCAUUCUGUUCGUUUUGUGGGUCCUUCGCGUUUCACGGCAUAGCCCGUUCGGUCAGCCAGUCGAUACCGAAGUGGCCAAUCCUUGUUUUACAGGAAACACGGAACUGCGUCCGAUGUCUUGCCAGAGGAUCGCUGUCAACAUGUAAUCUGUAUGGAGCGCUGUCUGACCAUUAGCGAUGAUGGCCUCUCCACGUUCCACAGAUACCUUUAAAAGAAGUUCCAUAGAAGGUGAUGGAAAAUCAACAGAAGUUCAGCAGAAAAUUGUUCAAAAGUAAACACCCUGCCCCAUCUUAAUCUGUUGUGUGAAAACUGCGGGUGAUAGAACACAACUUAAGCAAAAUUUUUCAUCUGGAUUCUUUGUAUAAUACGAGGCAAUCAAGCAAGAAAAGAAAAA